ACUGAGGCAGCUUGUAAAAGACCUUCAGACCGAGCAGGCUGGCUCCAGGAAACACAGAAGCUAUACAAGACACACCAAAAAAAAAAAAAAAAAAAAAGAAGAAUCGCUUUGUGUUUCCACAGCUGAAUGCGACUUUUAAGGAAGUGAAAGAACUAAAGGGCUUCCCAUCGUCGCCAAUUAUUCAAAGAGGUACAAGGCAGGACGCUUAGAUAGAGCAAAAACAAGUAUCGAGUUGAGCUGCGGAAGCUUCUUGGAGCCAUUUUUCUCUCCCAACGCAAAUGCAAACACCGGCGGAUGAACAGGUUUGACACGCGCCACAAUUCCACUCUGUAAAUGUUGCAGCUUGCUUGAAAAAUGGUCAACGGUACGCUGGGUGCCGCUCACACGUCGAUGUGCAACAAGAGCGACGACUUCAAGUACCCGCUGUACAGCACCGUUUUCAGCCUGGUCUUCGUCUUUGGAUUCCUCUUCAACCUGUUGGCCGUCUACAUUUUCGGCUGCACGUUAAAGACGAGGAACGAAACCACCACGUACAUGAUCAACCUGGUGGUGUCCGACUCGCUCUUCGUCCUCAGCCUGCCGUUUCGGAUCGUCUACUUCAUCAAGCGGGAAUGGAUGUUCGGCAGCGAGCUGUGCAAGAUUUCCGUGGCGCUUUUCUACACCAACAUGUACGGCAGCAUCCUCUUCCUCACCUGCAUCAGCAUCGACCGCUUUCUGGCCAUCGUGCACCCGUUUCGAUCGCAAAAAAUUCGGACCAAGCGCAACGCCAAACUGGCCUGCGUCACGGUGUGGGUGCUGGUUCUUUCCGGAAGCAUCCCAACCGGGUUCCUCCUGGACACCACCUCGGACAAAAACCUCAACGCUUCAUCAAACUACUGCUUUGAAAACUACUCCAGUAAGCAGUGGAAGUCUGAACUGUCCAAGGUGGUGAUGUUUAUCGAGACGGUGGGCUUCGUCAUCCCGCUGAUGGUCAACCUUUUCUGCUCCGGCAUGGUUCUACAGACUUUGAAGAAACCUCAGACCAUCAGCCGCGGCGGCAGCAUCAAUAAGACCAAAGUUUUGAGGAUGAUCGUGGUGCAUCUACUCAUCUUCUGCUUCUGUUUCAUCCCCUACAACGUAAAUCUCAUGUUCUACUCUCUAGUCCGGACCAAAGUCCUCAAAGGAUGCUACGCCGAACACGUGGUUCGAACCAUCUACCCCAUUUCUCUGUGCAUCGCCGUGACCAACUGCUGCUUCGAUCCCGUCAUUUAUUACUUCACUUCGGAGACCAUCCAGAGCUCCAUCAAACGCAAGUCCACCGUGUGGCACAACGGCGUCAAGCUUCUCGACAGGUUGCAGGGAGACAGCCCCAGAUCGACACACAGAACUCUGCCCUUGAGGCCUCUGAAAAGCAACCUGACGGAUACAGAAACUUUACAGUCUAAAAAGAAUGUCACGAUGUGAAGACUUGUGUUGGAGGAAAAAAAAAAAAAAAAGGACUCACAACUGAAAACAGGAACCAAAGAGUGUUUGAAUGGACACAAAUGUAUGGGAACUUGACACAAUACAGUCCCCGCCUUGUGCCAUUACGUAUUAGCGACUCUUCUUCAAAUGUCGAACUUUUCCUGCAUGCUAUUUUGUGUGUGUGCUGAAAGCAGUAUUAGAGCGCUUUCAAUGUACUUCCUUUCAACAGCUCUCAGGCACUUUACUGAGAAGUACGCCCUCAGAAAGAUUCAUUCUGAAAGUAAAUAAAGCAGUUAUGGGUUGAUUUUGUGACCAAA